ACGUCUACGACACCGGCAGAUGUUUCCCACGUGACCUCCAUCAUCAUCACGAGAAUGCACCCGGAGACAAGAGUGAACGUUACCGUAGCAACCGUCUCUUCUUUCGACCCACCAACCGCUAAAGUUGACCUGGGCAAGAUCUCAGUCACCGGCAGCACCAACCCAACCUCUGGCAACGGGGAGAAGGGAUUUUUGGAGCUCACCUGGGACCACCCGUUGGAAGACCAAGAUGGCGUUUACAUCUGCGAGAUCUACGCUCUGAACGCGCUUCUACACCCCGAGUCAGUGACGGUGUCGACACAGGUCAAAACUGCGGCCGCCACCUUGACUGACCUCGUCAGGUACAUUUCAGAUAACGACAGACACAUAGAGACUCUUCAGGCUCGCGUCCAUCAGCUGGAAGGCUAUAUCUCUUCCUGGGAGUUGAAAGGACAAAAUCAGACUGAGGAUCUGGUCCAAAAGUUUCAGAUGCUGAGCGGGGACAUCCAGCGGUUGGAGAUCAUCACCGGAAACUUAACCGGUCAAAACAUCCAAACCGGAAAUGUUACAUGCACCAGUGGCACAGCCGUUAAUAUCAAGUUUCAGAAAAGCUAGGAAUCCGUUCCUGAUGUAUUUUUAGCCUUUACUGGCUACUCUAGCAGAAGCUACGACGUUGCAUUAACCAAAUCAUCAGUGAGCACUGACGGCUUUCAAUUACGUUGUGCAUCAAGUUCAUCUUACUCUUACAGUAUUUCCUGGAUGGCAAUAGACAAC